CAGUAGGACUCCAGACCAGUAGGACUCUACCCUAAACCAGUAGGACUCCAGACCUGUAGGACUCUACCCUAAACCAGUAGGACUCUACCCUAAACCAGUAGGACUCUACCCUAAACCAGCAGGACUCUGUUCUCUAAACCCGCAGGACUCUGUUCUCUAAACCAGUAGGACUCUGUUCGCUAAACCAGUAGGACUCUACCCUAAACCAGUAGGACUCCAGACCAGUAGGGCUCUACCCUAAACCAGUAGGACUCUACCCUAAACCAGCAGGACUACCCUAAACCAGCAGGACUCUGUACUCUAAACCGGAAGGACUCUACCCUAAACCAGCAGGACUACCCUAAACCAGUAGUACUGUUCUCUGGACCAUUAGGACUCUGGACCAGUAGGACUCUUGAGUCUUGCCCAGGGCUGUUCCAGCGUUGUGCUCUAAGCCCGGGCUCAGGGGGAUUACAGUAAUUUGAUCAGGAGGAACCAAACAAACGGCCGUCAGGGUCCUUCAUGUGCUCAUCCUGAGAUUAAACACUUAGCGUGGACCGAGUCUCUGGUCCUCAGAUCCCGUCUGACUACCUCUCAACCUUUAUGUAUCUUCAUAUGAGGAGCAUGUUGACAGCAGAACAUCUCGUAGUCUCUGAGAUCCUGCUGGGAUGUUCUCCGGACAUGGGCCCGCGUAGAGGUGCUGAGGCCGCUCCACUCCGCUGAGCCUCUUGGGAUCGACUGCAGAAGCUGCUGCGCUCCGUGGACCUCCUGCCAGAGGGGGACGAUGGAGGAGCUGCUGCUACCCAGCGGGGAGGAGGCACCGUCCGAGGCCGGCUCCUUCGCCCCCGCAGAGAAGGAGGAGGAGCGGAGCCUGGGGCGGCGCCUCAAGAGGCUGGCGGUGGACCUCCGCCGCCGCGUCAAGAACUUCCUGAAGAGGAACGGCCUGCUGACGCUGUCGGUGCUCGCAGUGCUCACGGGCUGCGUGCUGGGCUUUUCCCUCCGGGGGAGCCAGCUGUCGACCCAGGCUAAGAUCUACUUCUCCUUUCCUGGAGAGCUGCUGAUGAGGAUGCUGAAGAUGUUGAUCCUCCCUCUAAUCACAUCCAGCCUGAUGUCGGGGCUCUCCUCCAUGGAGUCCAAGGCCUGCUGCCGGAUGGGGGUCCUGACCGUCACCUACUACCUGUGGACCACCUUCAUCGCCGUGGUGGUGGGCAUCCUGCUGGUCAUCAUCAUCAAACCCGGGGUGGGGACCGACAUGGAGAGCAACCGGCUGGGGGGAGGGCCGGUGAUGACCUCAGCCGACGCCCUGCUGGACCUCAUCAGGAACAUGGUCCCCUCCAACCUGAUAGAGGCCACCUUUCAGCAGUACAAGACGGAUCUGCUGCCCAUCCUCAAGCUGCCCGCCCGCACGGUGAAGCCCAACUUUGUGUACGUGGUGCCGGACGACAGCGACCCCAGCGGGCGGACAGUGUACCUUGAGCUGACCCCGCCCCCAGAGAUCCACUACAAGACCAGCCCGGGCAGCAGCCAGCAGAUGAACGUCCUCGGCAUCGUCAUCUUCUCCGCGACCAUGGGUCUGCUGCUGGGGAGGAUGGGGGAGAGAGGGGCUCCUCUGGUUAACGUCUGCCAGUGCAUCAACGAGUGCGUCAUGAAGAUAAUCAACGCUGCAGUUUGGUACUUCCCAUUCGGGAUCAUCUUCCUGGUGGCCGGUAAGAUCCUGGACAUGCAGGAUCCGAGCACCUUGGGUCGUAAGCUGGGCUGGUACACCAUCACGGUGCUGGCCGGCCUCUUCGUCCACGGCCUCAUCCUGCUGCCUCUGUUCUACUUCAUCCUCACCCGCAAGAACCCCUUCACCUACAUCAGGGGCCUACUGCAGGCCAUGGUCAUCGCCCUGGCAACCUCCUCCAGCUCGGCCACCCUCCCCAUCACCAUGAAGUGUCUGCUGGAGAACUGCCAGGUGGACCGGCAGAUAGCCCGCUUCGUGCUGCCCGUCGGCGCCACCAUCAACAUGGACGGCACCGCGCUGUACGAGGCCGUGGCAGCCAUCUUUAUUGCCCAGGUCAACGACUACGAGCUGGACCUGGGCCAGCUGGUCACCAUCAGUAUCACGGCGACGGCUGCGAGCAUCGGAGCCGCCGGGAUCCCGCAGGCCGGUCUGGUCACCAUGGUGAUCGUGCUGACGUCAGUGGGCCUGCCCCCCGAUGACAUCACGCUUAUCGUGGCCAUUGAUUGGGUCCUGGACCGCUUCAGGACGAUGAUCAACGUCCUCGGCGACGCGCUAGCGGCCGGGAUCAUCGCCCACCUCUGCAGGAAGGACUUCCCCCUGAGCGGAGCGGGACAGACCGCCCACCCGUCCUACGGCACUCAGGACUCCGGGGACAACGUCCCCCUGACAGAGAUGCAUACGCACAAGGACUGCCUCUUCGACAACAUGAGCGACUCUGUCCACGACGCUCACACACACACCAUCUACUACAACCUCUGCCAAGUAUGACCCAGGACCCUGGAGUUCUCCUGGUGGGCCGUAUGGACGGGCUGGACUGGUUGACAGUGGUCCACUGACCUACAGGACACACUGAGCUGGUGGUCCACUGACCUACAGGACACACUGAGCUGGUGGUCCACUGACCUACAGGACACACUGUGCUGGUGGUCCACUGACCUACAGGACACACUGAGCUGGUGGUCCACUGACCUACAGGACACACUGAGCUGGUGGUCCACUGACCUACAGGACACACUCAUUGGUAUUCUGUUGAGUAAAUGAAAGCCCCAUAAAGCCCAAUCAUGAAGGACCUGUCUGCACUUGGCAGAUUUCUUCAGUGCAUAUUAUUAAUACCACAAUUACAGAAAGAUGACAACCUUAACUACUGAUAACUGAUCAGAAAACAACCGUUCUACUGGGAGGGUGAGAUUAUGGUGCUGCCAAGUGAGGCCAGGACCCUCUUACUGACAGACCCAGAGUGGAGAUGACCAGAGUAGAGUUGACCAGAGUAGAGAUGACCAGAGUGGAGAUGACCAGAGUGGAGAUGACCAGAGUGGAGAUGACCAGAGUGGAGAUGACCAGAGUAGAGUUGACCAGAGUGGAGAUGACCAGAGUAGAGUUGACCAGAGUGGAGAUGACCAGAGUGGAGAUGACCAGAGUGGAGUUGACCAGAGUGGAGAUGACCAGAGUAGAGUUGACCAGAGUAGAGUUGACCAGAGUAGAGUUGACCAGAGUAGAGUUGACAGAGUAGAGUUGACCAGAGUGGAGAUGACCAGAGUGGAGAUGACCAGAGUGGAGAUGACCAGAGUGGAGCUUCUACAGACCAGUGUUCCUGGUGGCGAGUGUUCCUGGUGACUAAUAGGACCAGUGUCCCCAGUGACUAAUAGGACCAGUGUCCCCAGUGACUGAUAGGACCAGUGUCCCCAGUGACUGAUAGGACCAGUGUCCCCAGUGACCGAUGGGACCAGGGUUCCUGGUGACUGUUAGGACCAGUGUCCCCGGUGACUGAUAGGACCAGUGUUCCUGGUGACUGUUAGGACCAGUGUCCCCGGUGACUGAUAGGACCAGUGUCCCCAGUCACUGAUGGGACCAGUGUUCCCAUUGACCGAUAGGACCAGUGUUCCCAGUGACUAAUAGGACCAGUGUUCCCAGUGACUAAUAGGACCAGUGUCCCCAGUGACUGCUGGCUUCAGUAACGUCAGAUCUCAAGUGCUCUUCCCCAAGCAGACCCCCUCCUGUCUCAUGGCAUGCAGGCGUGCCUCCUUGUUGACUUGUUGUGGGCUCCUAAUCCAUGUGCAUUACUGUGUUGUUGAGCCCGGAUUAGCGUACGCUGUGAUGAUCUACCAGCUCACCUCCUCCUCCGGUCAGCUGACCGGCCAGGUGCUGCCAUGGAUUAUCCACCGGACGUCUUGUGUGUCCUCCCACAAAAACAAUGUUUACUGUCAACAUCUGUGGCACCUGUAGAGCCCAUAUCGAGCUGUCCAAUGUUUUUCUUUCUAACAUUAAAUGAAACAUCCUG